GAAUGCUCUUGGGCACAUUUUAUAGUAAAUCGCAACAGGACGAGCGUGUGUUUUAUUCGCAUUAAAUCUCGGGUUACGAGUUUGAUUGUGCCAAGUGUGUUAAUUGCUCAAGUUUUGUGUCCUUUAGCAGGCGCACAAUGAGUUUCCCGAAUCACACCGUUGACACCGGGGGCAGUAAUGGUAAUGGGCCACAGCAAUCCUUUAACCCGAGUAGUUCCAGCAAUGAUUCAGAUCCAAGUAACAAUUACAAUUCUAAUGUAAAUGGAGAAUUGGACAAAUCGGACAUUUCGCAGCCAUUGCCGGGUGAACAGCACAAUGAAUAUGAUGAAAAUGGUGAAGGUGGCCCAGGCACAUCUGGCAAUCGCAAGGCCAAGAAUCAUAAGAGCAAAAAGUCGAAGAAACGCCGCGAUUCAAAGGAAGUCGCACUUGUUGGUUGGAAUGGAGUGUUUCCCAAUUUAUCGUCGACUCACAGUCUGGAGAGCAACUUGGAUGUGGAUCUUUCGCAGCUGCCGGCUGAUCUAAGGGCCAUAGGUGCCACUGGCCUAAGCAUCUUCCCCAGGGAGGAACAGCAGCAGCAGCCGUCGGCAAUGUUGUUGUCGUCAUCGCCGUCGACGUCUUCUUCUACUUCUACUUGCUCCUCGAUCGUUUUAGAUAAUAAAACGUCUGAGACUACAACAACAACAACACCAACAGCAACAGCAACAACUUCGACAACAACAACAACAACUUCGACAACAACAACAACAACAACAACUUGUACAAUUACCACACAUUCGACUGCUUCAAGUCAAAAGUCUUCGCUGACAACCAACAACAACGAUACCAUGAACAACAUGAACAACAGUUCAACUUCAAUUGUUUGUCCACCUUCAGAUCCGUCGUCAGAACCAGCACCUGAACCUGAACCUCAGCCUGAACAUGAACAUGAACCAGAAUCAGAAACACAAACUGAUUUAUCUAAGCAGAACAACAAGAGCAAUCGCAAGAAACGCCGCAACGUGCCAAGUCCAGGGGACGAUAUUCCCACUCCUCCUCGUGUUGCGAGUCCUCCUCCGCUUGAGCCUGGACCUGAGGAAUCCUCGAAUACCUCUUCCUCGGCCAUGGACAUGGUAAUGGUCAUGGCCUCAACCUCAACCCCAGUCUCUCGUAAGCGUCCCCCUACCUCACAGGCCGACUCACCCAUCGAAUCACCGGAAAACGAUUUGAAACGUAUGAAGCAAUAUGAAGCGGCAACAGCAGAUGCAACAGAUACAGUGGCAACAGCUGGCCGUAAUAUGCGUACACGCUCCAAGUCGAUGUACCAACAAAAUCCGGGGCUUGUGUCGCGUAAAACACGAGCACGCAGCAUUUGUGGUGUCGCUGUAUCGAUGAUUAAGGAGGGAACCGAUGUGGAAACCAACUUGACGCCACUAACUGCUCGACGUAAAUCGACGGCUGGAGUCAAGUUGCCGGCUACCGAUAAAUACUAUUGCUUGCCAUUCAAAUACGGCUGGAAACGUGAGCUUGUGCUGCGCAGCAAUUCCUCACUGUCGCGUCAACGUGGCGACGUUAUAUUCAUAUCGCCGGCAGGCAAAAAGCUACGCUCCCGCGAUGAUAUCAUCCCGCUGCUAACUGGCGAAUUGACCAUUGAUCAUUUCUGCUUUCAACGUCAGAUGCAACAGGCUGGCGAUGAGUUCGAGUCGGUGCGUCAGGCACAGCCGGCAAUGUUGCGUCGCCAAUCGAUGGCCGCUGCCAAGCAGCUGCAACUGCAACAGCAGCUGCAACAACAGCAGCAGCAACAACAGCAGCAACAACAGCAGCAGCAUCAACAACAACAACCACAACAACAGCAGCUGCAUCAACAGCUGCUAAAUGUGCAACAGCAACAACAACAACAGCAGCAGCAACAGAAGCGUACGCCCGGUUCAGGCAAACGUGUGCCAAAACCCAAGGUACCCAAAGGCGCCAGUCCGCCACCAGAGGGUUGGACCUCCACAAUGGCCGUCAAGGGCAAUGCCCGCGUCCUGGCUGCCAGCAAUGGCAACUCUAGUGCCGCACUUGGUUCCAGUGCCAGUGGCAACAAUAUACGCAAACGCAGCAACCAGUCAAAGCAGUCACCAAAGAUACAAGGAGUGGUGCCAUUGCCAUUGCAGGUCAAAGCUCAACCACAAUCACAAACGCAACCGCAACUGCAGCCACAAGUUCCAAAUGUGGUUGUGAAUCCGCUGACGCCUCAGUUGCCGCAGCAACUAGUGGACAAUAAAAUAAUAUGCGUCUAUUGCCUGCAGCCGAUCAAGGAGAAACAACGGGCGUAUUCAGUAGGCAUGCCCAAUGUUAAGAAUUACAUUUGUGCGUUGUGUAUUAAACACAUGGGGAAAGCUUUAGUGCCACCUAAAACACCACAAACUGGAGCUGAAGCGGAAGCUGGAGUUGGAUCUGGAUCUGCACCUGGAGCUGCACCUGGAUCUGCAGCAGCGAAUGGCAUCAACAAACAGGAUAAGGAAGCAAUCGAUGAGAAUGUGAAUGCCAAUGCGAAUCGCAAUCCCAAUUUAAAUGCAAAAGCGGACAACAAAUUUGGAUACAAGGAAGCGCUUUAUGAGCAAAAUGGCGACAGCAAUGGCAGCAUGCUGGGAAUUGCCGAAGAGAUUGAAUUGCCUGGUGCACUGCCGCCGGAUCAGCUGCUUAGCGAUGAUACACCCAUUAGUCGUGCUGGUAACAAGAUCACGCCCAAGCCGCAGGAGAUUGUUGUCAUUAAUGGUCGCAAGGCUCUUGCCAUCGCUGGUGAACCGCCGCGUCCUCGUUUACAAGUCAUACCUCGCGAACCGAAUUUGGAGCUCUACGAGAAGCAUUAUCAUCCAAAGCGUAACUCCAGUGCUAAGGAAAAGCGUCAGGGUUUUAUUGAAUGCAUGACCGCUGGCAAUCUGAGCUGCCAGGUGAUGACGGCCGUAAUGAAGACACUUGAUCUGCAUGAUCGUGUCCGCAUGUCGAAUGUAUGCAAGACUUGGGCAAUGAUCGGUCGUGAUCGCAGCGUUUGGCGUACUUUAAAGCUGCGCAACACGCACAUCAACAACUGGCUGUCCUGCAUGCGUGACUUGGUGCGUUAUCGCACCCGUGAGCUGGACAUGAUGGGCGUUAAGUGGGAGAAUCCCAAGUUGCGAAUGGAAGGCGAUAUACGUGUGCUGAAAUCAUUGCGUAUUUUACGCACCGAUGCCUGCGAGGCCGAGUUUAUUCAAUUGAUUAUUAAGCGUCUGACGCGCCUUCUUGAACUGCGUGCCACAUGCACCAGUCGCGUCAUUAACUUGGCCAACAUUGAUAAGAUGGUGGAUCUGCAGGUGCUGCGCAUUCGCAUGACCGACCCCAAGGCUGGCAUCAUAUCGUUGCAGCGUCUACAAAAGCUAGAGCAUUUAAGGGAGCUCAGCUUGCGUGGCAUUAACAACAUGGCUCAGUUGGAGUUGACGCCGCUGCAGGGAAUGAAACAUCUCGAGACGCUUAUACUGGGCUCCUGUCGCGGUAUGAAGGUUGCCCCCUUUGGAGAGCUGGUGCUGCCCAGUCUUCAACGACUGCGUCAUCUGCGCCUCGAGAAUCAUCCCAGCACUCGCUCGUUUAACAUCACUGAGAUUAUGAAAGGACUCGCCUUUGAAGGUGGCACCGUAAAGCAUCUCGAGCUAAUCAAUGUCAAUGUGGAUGCCGAGUUUAGCUGCCAACUGGCCAAGUGCAAAUCCGUUGAGGAGCUGCUCUUGAUGCCAAAUUUUCAUAACAAUACCGCCUACAUGAUGCAUUACGUUAUGCAGGCCAUCAAUGAGAACAGCGAGCAGCUGAAAGUUUUCCGUUUGGGCAUCACCUUUGAGCUGCUGAGCGUGACUCGUGCCCUGGCCAUGAACCGCGAGAAGGACUGCAUCCCGGUGGCAUUGCCCAUUCCCGGAGUGCCAGAGAACGACAUGUUAAACGAAUCGGAUGAUCCAAUUGCCUAUUUGCCGGUCGACCGCCUUGAGUCCAUACUGCACCACAUGAUGCCACAGGCUUGGCUGACCGUUGCCAAGGUAUCGCAAAGCGAGACGACAAAUUUGAAAUUCCUUUUGGCCUCGCCGAUUGAUACUGGCGGUGCCCCCAACAUCUAAUCACAUAUAUCCACCGUUCAGUUAUAGUAGUAGUGUCUAAGACAUUUUUUUUUGCGUUUAAAUGAGAAUCGUGGCGGGAUUCUCAAACUCAAAACGCGCACCAGUUUUUCUAUGAGAGAAUACAGACUGAAGUCUUUUUUAAUUUCAUCACCAUCACAUGCUCCCAAUAAAUGUAGCACACA